AGAAGGUUUUAUGCUGUUCGCGGUGCCGGCAGGGUGAUCGGAUAGCUGCUGAAGUAUUUUGUUAUUUUUGUGCAAAGUUCCGUAUUUUUUAAAAAGUAGCGACAGAAGAGGAACUGAAUCGAUAUGGGAUCAGAACAGCAGUUUUGUUUGAGGUGGAAUAAUUAUCAAAGCACUUUGGUUGCUGUUUUUGAUACUUUACUGGAGAGUGGAACUUUGGUUGACUGCACUUUGGCAGCUGAAGGCCAAUACUUGAAAGCGCAUAAAGUAGUUCUUUCCGCGUGUAGUCCUUACUUUGAGCUCCUGCUGAGUCAGCAUUAUGAGAAACACCCGAUCGUUAUUCUUAAAGAUGUGAAAUUCCAAGAAUUGAAAGCUAUGAUGGAUUAUAUGUAUCGGGGUGAAGUGAAUAUUUCUCAAGAUCAAUUAGGAGCUUUAUUGAAAGCCGCCGAAUCUCUGCAGAUAAAGGGUUUAUCGGAUAGCGGUGGCGGAGGUACAGAGAGGGAAGUGGAACCUAAGAGGAGAAAAGAAUCGGUUCCACCUCCUCCCACACCAGCAAGAACGCCACCUAUUCUACAGCAUUCGUCGUCGGGCCUCACUAUCGAGCAUCGACGAACGGCGCAGCCAUCUCAAGUUCCGCAAGUUAUUGAUUUACCCGAGGAUGCCCCGCCGCCGAUGCCGUUGCAGAAGAUGGCCACGACGAGGGAGGGCAGCAUUUCGCCCGUCUCACGUAAACGGAAGAAGCAUAGACGCCGAUCAAGUUGUGAUGAGAACAGUUUAGGGGCACCUGGUGUAUUACCAUCAACUGACAAUCACGAAACAAGUAGCUCGUGUGAACUUCCACCCCAAUCGCAGGUACCUCCUGCGCCAAGUAUACCCGCCACCAUAACGCCGGUUACGUCGACGCCAAUACCCAAACCGUCGUUAGAUACCCAGUUAAGUCAUACAACUGAGGAGAAAAACAGUGACUCUGAGAUUAUGAGCAAACCUUUGGCCUCAGUGCAAGGUGCUGUAGCCUCCCCACAGACAAUGCCAAUUGAACCUGAACCUGUUGUGCAUAAAGUAGAGCCACAGACUGAACCUCUAUUAGAACCAAAAUCAGAGUACCUGGAGGAAGUGAACGAUGACAGUGUGGAGGACUUGACUUUAGAUGAUGACAUGGACGAUAUGGAUCAGCCUAGAGCGGGUCCUUCGCAUGGUGGGGAGGGUUCCAGCAGUCAAGGAACAGGCUUUGCACCGUGGCAUGUAACUGCAACUGACAGAUCGACGGAUGAAGUCUUCAUGGCUGCGCAGGAAGCGGUUGGUGCUCAUAGGGAUUCUCAAGAUGAUAAGGACUGGCAGUGGUCAACAUAUCCACCUCCGACCAAGCAGUUUCAUCAACAUCCUCAUGGGAGAGAAGCAGAAUUAUUAUCAGGUUAUUCAACAACACUCACACUUAAGAAAGAUUUCCAACCUGUAACUUCCCUGUUGCCAUCCCAACCUGAUCCAUUUCCGUGCACGCGUUGUGGAAAACUGUACAAAUGGCGAACAAAUUUACUUCGGCAUAUAAGGCUUGAAUGUGGCAAGGAACCUCAGUUUCAGUGUCCCUUUUGUCCAAAAAAGACAAAUCGUAAUGACACACUGGUGAGUCAUAUUAAACUGGUACAUCGCAUUCCUGUACCAGCACGUAAUGCUGAUGGAAAUUUCUUAGCACCAGAAGAUUGCCGCUAGACAUGCUUUUGACAUUGUUAAUAUAUUUGUAAAAAAGAAUUAAUCCUAGCAACAAUAUGAGAAUAUUUCUGUCAUGAAUUUUUUGUCUGCAAAAUCAAAUGGAACAUAAUUAUUUGCUGCUGUUUGCGUUUCAGAAGAUUGGAUGUUAUUGAAAUGGUGUGUGAACAA